AUGAAGACCGAGGCGGCGUUGUUGAGAAGAGUCGCCGAGCUGGAACAGAUUGUUCAGGCGAACGGAGACACCGUGAAAGAGAAGGAGAAGGAGAAGGGAGAGAUAAUCGAGGAGGAGAAUCGGAGCAUUUCUGAGAUCUGGUCGUCGCCGGACAUCAUCGUUGUCGUCAUCGCCUUGGCCGCGCGGAUGCUGCUGACAUCGGUCAUAUUCAACAACGCUGCAACAUUUCCAGGCGACCUGAUGGGACGAGUAACACAAAAUCCGUCCGACGAGCUGGUCUUGCUGAUUCGGUCACGAACCCGAGACGUCCACCUACUGCAGCUUUCGACGUCCUUCACCAAGACUCUGAUCGGCGUUCGCUUUCCACGAGAUACCGUCGUUCAGAAUGAGCCCGUCGAGUCGGCCGUCAAACUGCAUGUCUCGCAGCAUCCCUUGGACGAAUUCAAGGUCAGCCAUGUCUCCCGCCCUCGUUAUGACUCGAUCUGGGUUAUCGGACUGGAACUUGCUGAGCACAUCAGCCUUGCGCCCAGACAGGAUGAGGAGGUGCUGAUCGCGGGAGGACAGGAGUCUUUGGCGAUGGCUAAUCAAAGCUCCAUCUCUUACAAUUUCUCUGCGCUGUAG